UCCACGAGUGUAGUGAAGGGGAAAACGCUCAACUCACAGCUGGAGGAAGAUUUCUUGGAGAGUGGUUCAGGUGAGGACUGGGUGAGGAUCCAGAGCUUGCAGAGGAGCUGGCAGAACCAACGUCGGCAGAGGAGGUGAGUUGGCGAGGUGAAGCUGACGAGAAGGGGGAUCUCAACAGAGCAGGAACAGGCUGAGUGCCAUUCAGCCGCAGGCAGACGAAUAGCAGGAAACAGGCAGGCAAAGCUCGUAGUCAAGGACAGAAGGCAGGUAGGUUUACCGGGGCUGAUGUGAUGAAUUAGAGGCAUAAACAGACACAGGGGUCAGGUCAGAUCUGGAAGCAGAAAAUAUUGUUUAAAGUUAUUAUAAAUAAAUAAUUAUUGAAUUUGCCCUCAGAGAUAAACAAAGUUCUUCUUAACAUAUCUUAAUUAAGUCAUAAAGUGUGCAUUAGCAGGGUGGUCAGACUGUUACAGAAAUACAUGGUUUUCAGGAGACAAUCAAUCAUCUUUAAUCAUUACUCUCAGUGGAACAAAUGAAAUAGAAUAAUAAUUAAAUAAAAUGAAAUAAAAUUAAAUUAAAAAAUAUUCCGGUGUGAUAAACAAGUCUCUGCAUUUUUUUCCUUCUUUAUAGCUUUUUACUGUAUAUUGAAGAAUAAAAAAAAAUGUUGAUAGACCAAAGAACAAAGCUGAACCAUAUUAAGAAAUAAAGUACUUUUGUAAAAACCACUCAUAAGUCUUUAUUUUCUAGUAUCCAGGAGCUUGAGAACAAUAGGCAUGGUUACAAUCAACUUAUAAUUCCUCUAUAUUUAGUCAAAUAGAUGCAGACUUGAUUGUUUGAUCAACAAUAUCUGUAUUGGUUGCUUUGGAACACUCACUUUAGUAACAGGUAAGAAUCAUAGAAGAACUGUACAGGGGGACAUGAAUUAUUUCUCACAUUAGACUGAAACCUGUAUAAUGCCUAAUUCAGUUAGAAAAAACUUUUCUAACUGAAACAUGUAAGCCAACUAAGAUCAAAUUGUCAGGAGCUGAAACUUCCUUAAUGCCAUAAAGAUAUGAAUUAAAAUAAAGUAAAACUGUAAAUUAAAUUAAAGUCAAGAAAAAAAAGUUUUAAUCAGGAUUAUAUAUAUAUGUAUAUUUUAUAUAUUCUAUAUAACUUAGAAAUAUUUUACCUCCUAUUUUUUUACAGUUUAUUAGCUGACAUCGAUAUAUUCAUCCAGCUGAAAAAUGUUGUUUUGAAAGGGGAACAGACCUAGAUGCUAAAGUCAAAACAUAUGGUAGGUGACCUAAAACGUGCAGAAUAUGCCACAUGGAUCAAUUACCACAAGCCACAGUUUUAGGAUAGCUGACACAGUUGUAUAACUGUUCUGCUGUUGUUGUUCACAGUCAGUACCACCCCAAAUAGUUAACGACAUAUUGUCGAAUAUGACCUGUGAAAAUAUUACAGCAAAUCCACGGGGCGGCCAGCCUACAAACCCCAGACGGACCUCUUGUCCCUGAGUGUAUGUAGGUUUUGAGGUUUUCAACUCCGAACAAUGUCUGCAGCUGACAUGUGAUUUCAGGGAAGAUGUUGCGGACUGAAGUUGAGGUGGGUUAGGGUUUCCAUAAAAGAGGAAGCGCACCACUGAUGGAUUCAGAAACAUACAGAGUCAAAGAAUGGGAGUGGAGUGAGGAGAAAAGAGAGAACGCUCAAAUUCAUCAGAUAUAUCAGAUUGAUGAAAUAAUUUUCCCUGCUGUCCCAAUCUUUAUACUCCACUGUAUUCUGCACCUUUGUUUUUUCAAGAAUUUAAAAGGUCAAAGGUUGAGGUGGGUUUUCUCACAUAUUUUUCCUUGCAUGAGUAUUUUUUUUUUAUAUAUUUCUUGAAUGCAUUUAUUGUUUUUUGUCUAAUUUUGCCGCUGGUGUCUUGCAGAAUGUCUUCUGUAGUGUUGAGAUGCAUGCUGCUGUGUAUGCUGAUGGGCUGGACUUUGUGCUCCUGUAUGCUGAAGAAUCACACUCUGUGGAUUGAGAGACAUGACUGCGCCCAGUGUGUGGCCAUCAACACUACCAUCUGCAGUGGAUUUUGUUACACACAGGUGAGGAUGAAACUCUUCACACUUACACACUUUUCAUGGAACUUUUUAUCUUGAACAUUUGGGUUUGAAUCUCUGCACCUCCUCUAUAAUCCCUGUCUGCCCAGGACACCAAUCUGAGGGGGAGAUUUGGGAGGACUUUAAUGAUUCAGCGGAGCUGUGUGCCUCUCUCUCUGGUGUAUCAACCCGCUCUUCUGCCUGGCUGCCCUCAGGAUGUCAACCCACAGAUGUAUUACCCUGCAGCUCACAGAUGCAGCUGCAGACGCUGUGACACGCGCUCACACCGCUGUGUCCGCACACGCAGGGUCUCUCAUGACAGGUGCAGCUCGACCACUGGGAGCAAGAGGAGCAAGAACAAGCGUGCUCUGGAGAUUUGA